GUGGUAUAUAUACCCCUGGAGUUGGGGUAAGACAUCCAUAUCACAAGCUGAAGCAGUACAACCAAGCAAGAAGCAAAAUACAACAAUAUAAUCCGAGAUGAAUCUUUUCAUUACGUUGAUUAUUACGUUUGCGUACAGUACUAUGACGUCGUGUAGCCCGACUGGUGUCACAAGAAGCACACGAGGCGCAGAAGAUCUUGUACAAAUUCUUGGCAGUAUUAAAUCUACAACUAACCAGGCUCUUGUUACCUUUAUCAGUUCGUAUAUGGAUUGCACAGACAUCGAUGAUUGUCUGGUGGAAUCUACGAGUCUUGAACUUGCUAAACUACCAACUGCGCUUAUAAACACGGAUAACAGCGAAUGGGCGACCGUGUUCACAGAUAAUAUGAACGGCUUGCAAGAUUUUAACUUCUAUUUACAAAAAGCGUUUGGACCUGAGGGUUACGGUGCGGGGAAAUUCCCGGCUAUUGGCAACGACUUGACUGACGUCACCAGUCUAUUGUCGACGUUUAUGAAGGAUUUUAAACUUGACAUGCAAAACGCUUACUGUUUAAGUAUUGACGUUAAAGAUUUGAGCGAACUCGAGCCUUGCGCUGUAUGUACAAACCCUACUCUACCCAGCCAUUCAUUAGAAAUUGUUCGCAAUUAUAAAUUCCUAAUGCAGUUAUCCAAUUACCUUGACGAUUUUUACAACAAAUAUAAUACUUUCAUACACACCACAAACACGUGUAGCUAACUUCCCGCCUAAACGUAUUUAUUUAUUUUCAAAUUUUGCACAUUGUUCCGUAUUUAUUCAGUCAUAAAUUAACUGUGACGUAAUAAUGCAGCGUUAUUUCACAAGUUUGCUUGAUUUUGUUUGUGACGUAACUGACACCUAAAACGUAACAAUCACCAUGUGUGACGUGUCUUUUAUCUUUCUUUGCUUUUAUAUCUCUCAUUAUUUAUUAAAUAUGGAAAUAAAAGAAAGAGUUUUAUAA